ACCACCUCAUUUACGCCUCCGCACUGGCCAUCGCCACCGGCACGCCGAGCCCGUCGCGCCGCCACCGAUCCGCAACGCAUCCGCCCAUGGCCAAGCGCCUCUUCCACUCCUGCCGCUCGCCCUCCGCCGCCGCCGCGGUCACCCCGACAGCCCUCUUCCGCAGCGAGCGCCCGCCCGUCGUCCCGGCCCCCGCGGGCGGCGCGUGCCUCCCGCGCCGCGGCCAUCGGCGGCGCCGUCCCCAGCCCCCGGCAUCCUGCGUCCCCGGGGGCUGCGCCGUCGACUACGGCGCCGACGACCUCCCGCCGGCGCCUGGCACGCCCGCGUACCGCUGGCUCAAGAGCUCCCGCUGGCACGUCGUCGAGGCCGCGGACGCGUACGCCUCCGACGGCAACGGCGACGACACGCCCCGCGUGAAGAUCGACGCGCGGCGUCGGGUGCGGCACUCGCGCCGGCGGCGGCGCAGGGUGCUCCACCGCCGGGCGCCUGGCCCCGGGAGCUGGUCUUCGGGUGACAGCGGCUGGUUCAGCAGCGACGGCGACGACGACGGGCCGUUCGAAGCGGAGCCGUCGUCAUCGGCGCUGCAGGUGGCGUCGACCACGACGACCGAGUCCUCGUCGACGGGGGCGAGCGGGAACAGCGCCGGCGCCGUCGCCUGCGCCACGGCGGGGCGGAAGGAGGAGGCAGCGGCCGCUUUCGCCGGGGGCUUCGCGGUGGUGAAGCGCUCCGACGACCCGCGCGGCGAUUUCCGGCGGUCCAUGGCGGAGAUGGUCGUCGGGCGCGGCAUCUACGACGCGGACGGCCUGGAGCGCCUGCUGCGGUGCUUCCUGGCGCUCAACGACCGGCGCCACCGCCGGGACAUCGUAGGGGCGUUCGGCGACGUGUGGGAGGCCAUCUUCGCAAACCCACCGCCCUCCCACGCUUCAAGCUUCGAGGCUACCGCCGCGACUCAUCCCUAGACAGCUACAAGACCGACGUGCUUGUUGCACCCGUAGGAUUAUAUCAUGUAAAAAUGCGAUUAAUUUGUACAUGUAGGCGUCUGUAAAUUACGUUUUCUUGCUUGGGCUCGCGGCUCCUGCUCGGCUGCUCGUUUCCCGCCUCCUUCAUGCUAGCGCUGCUGCUCUUUUUCAGCUGUGGAAAUUGGCGUCGCGACCCUGACGCCUGACCUGAUGUGAUGUAACCUGGAGACUGGAGAGUGAGUGUAUGGCACUAUUUCUCGA